CAUGUGUCACCCUAUUCCUUUGGGCACUGGGUCAUUGUUCUAGGGCUGCCUCUCACCAGCGUGAGAGGUAGAGUGAAGCUGGGGCCUGUUCCCUUGACCCUUCCCUGUGCAUUGUGGACAGAGCAAACCCUAUGUUGUUGGCCCCCCAGACCUCAGAAGAUGGAAGAUGGGGCUCGGGCCAACCCCAAAGAGUUCAGGAAGAAGGGGCUGGUUAGACUCCUAUCCUGGAAGAUGGCAGUAGAGCAGACUGGGAUAUUCUUCCCCAGGGCUACCUCUCUUUGGAAUGCCACCAGGUCCAUCCCAGGCAUCAGGAAGUUAUUCACAAUCACCAUCCUAGCAGGCAGCGUCCUUCCCAUGGUCCAUGGAAGCCUACUGAACCUGAAGUCAAUGGUAGAAACCAUCACUGGGAGAAGUGCCAUUCUCUCCUUUGUGGGCUAUGGCUGCUACUGUGGGCUAGGUGGAAGGGGUAUGCCCAUGGAUGAAGUGGACUGGUGCUGCCAUGCCCAUGACUGCUGCUACCAGAAGCUGUUUGAUCAGGGGUGCCACCCCUAUGUUGAUGGAUACAAAUUCUCCAUUGACAAUGAGACCCAGACCAUCACGUGCAGUGAACAGAAUGAGACGGAGUGUGACAAGCAGACUUGUGAAUGUGACAAGAAUGUGGUCUUGUGCCUCAACAACCAGUUGUACAAUGAGGAAUUCCGCAGUUACUUCAACAUCUUCUGCACAGGAAACACUCCAUCCUGUAGCAUCUAUGAUCCUCUGCCAGUGGAGAUUGAAUGUAGACACAUCCCUAAGAUCCCACCUCCACCUACCUAGUUCUCCCUGGACUCCAGGGAGAAAUCUAGGGCUGGGGAGGGCCCCAAUCCUCAGUCCUGGUGCCUUCCUGGCACACUGGUUCUGGGUUGUAAAUUGGGACAGAGUAUGCCAGGAUAAAGUGGGUCUCACCAUAGGAGUCUGGGGAGAAAUGUAGGCACAGAGAUGUCCUAGAGGGAACCUUUGUGCCAGGCACUUGGGAGGGUUCUCCAGGACACAGACCCUUGAGGUUCAAAAACCCCAAGGCAAAUUCAAAAACAAGUGGAAUAGAUUCCAUUCCUUCCUAGGCCUGUCAAUUGUAUAUAGGUUCAGUUGAUUGGGCAAAACCUUGGGUGCCAUUUUCUCUGGUCAUUUCUUGGUCCUUGCUCAUGGUCCUUUGACAUCCUCUGCCCUGGGGUCUUUGGGCUAAGAAUUUGACUGUUUCUAGGGAUUCAUCAGGAUAGUGUUCCUUGGCACUGAUCCUACCCCAGCUUCUCUGGGUAUUAGUUAUCCCAGUGACCUACACACAAUCUAGGCACAUGUAUCAUAAUGUUGCUCAUCACCUAGGUUUUUGCUUACCUAAAUAGUUCUCUAGUCCUCCUUCUCUUCCCUGAACCCUGACCCUUGGCAUCCUUACCCCAGAACAUGUAUGAAUAUACUCACUCAUACAUUGAUAUACCCAUCCAUCUACUCAAAGAUACCCCUAAGAAGUGACAUUUCUACCCAAACAUUGAUACUUUCCUUUCUCCCCUUCUCCUGCUAACACAAUGACACAUUAGAAUGUGCAAUGGAUUUGCAGUGAAAGACCUUAGGUUCAAAUUCCAUUAUUGCUGCCUACCAGUAUGUGGCCUUGAAGAAAUAAGCAAACUUCCUUGGGCCACAACUUUCUCAUCUAUAAAAUGGGAAGAUUGCACUUGCAGGCUUCUUAGAUCCCUUUGGCCUCUAAAUCUAGGCUCCUAUGACCCAAGUCUCUCAUCCAUAAAAGGAAGAGGUUGGACAAGAUGAUGCCUAAGACUUCUUCUAGUACUAGGUCUAAGAUUCCAAGAUGUGUCCACCACAGGCUCAUAAUGGCACCUCUCUGGUGAUGCUUCCCCACCUAUCAAUAGUCUGCCCCACACCCUCAAUGCCUUACACAUAUAUUGCCACUUCUUAUCAAUCAAUCUAUUAAUAAACACUUAAAUCAUGCCCAACCCUGCAGUAGACAUUCAUUCUCCCUGGCAUACACACUCAAUUAUACAUUGACGUCAAUUCACACAAAAUGCUGGCACUCACCCACCUUAGGCACAGACACUCACUUAGACACACGUAUUGCCAAAUAGAUGCUCUCCCGGAUACGUACAUGCUGCUAUUUCCCCUAAUACAAGGCAUAUUCACUGGGAUCCACUUUCAGUAUCUUGAAACUCUCAGCUCACUCAUAUCCACAUCUCUCCUGGGGCUCCUGACACUUUGGCCCCAGGCUCAAACACACCACACACAUUGGGGCACAUAUGGUCACCUUGGCAUCUCCUCCUGACCCUACUGGCAAAGCCAAAAGCCAAAUGAUGACCUUGGUCACACUAAUGAGACAGAGAACUCUAGGUCACCGUGGUUUGGAUGGACAGCUGUCCAGAUGAUUGGAAUAAAGAGGAACUGGGGUCUGUUCCUUUUCACUGAUAUCCCUCUCGGACCUCCUAUCUCUGACCCAAGCAACGUGGAGAAGACAUGGAAAUGGAGACUUCUUGAGUAUGAGACUGAAUGCCACAUAUGGGCCUUACUUAGGCUUCAUGUGGAAAGGAAGGGAAAGGAUCAAGGAGGAAAGAGGGGUGGUAGGGAAAGGAGGGACAUAGUGGGACCGAAAGAAGGGAAGGGGGCAAGAGGGAGGGCUUGGAGCAGAAACAAGGGGAAGAACAAUGAAAGGGAUGGG